AAUCUCAAAUAGCUGCAAUAGGCAUCCAUUGACCUGGCAAUUUUUUUUAACUUGAGAUUUUAACAAAUCUUUCAGAAUUUCUGAUGGGCCUGAGAAAUAGAUGCUGUAGUCCCACCAAAUGAGGCUAAAUGGGUUGGUGUGAUUUUGUGUAAGGGAACCCAGCCAGUCAUUAUAGGAGCAGACAAAAAAGAAUUAAUGUACACAUUUCCAACCAGUUUUAGGGUUUUUUUUAAAAAAUGUGUAUUUAUGAUUUUAAUGCAGGGUGUCUGGGUUAUUUUCUGUCUGCGCAGUUAGCCUACACGUGGGAAAGCCAGAGUAAUAUGUUAAACAUCACAACUCAUUACCCUGCCUGCUUGAACAAAAAAACCGCGCACCGCCUGCUCACCAAAGCAGCGCAAUCAAAGCCGAAGGCUGCGAGGCAGCUGGCGGCCAAGGAAGCGCGUCGCUUCCUUGCGCGGGUCCCGCUCCCCUGGCCGCCGAUUUGCAGGAGGAGCCGGCUCGGAGUCCGGGAGCUCUUUCCCAACCGAUACCAUUUACGCAAAGGCUUCCCAGCUAAGGCUGCUGAUAUUCAUGCCCCUUUUGCGAAGAGGGGGCCCGGCUCACCCUGCAGGCUCCGAGCGACGGCCGGGCUCCGUCUCAGCGGCAACAGGAUUCCGGGCGCCCUGCACCCACCCAACCCGGGCGGAGCAGCAGAAUAGGCUCCUCUGCGCUUUCCCCGAGCGCCAAAGGGCUUCGCGGCUCCUGAAUCUGCCAUUCGGGGGAAUAAGCGCCAGGCCGCAUCCAGCGUUGGGCCACGACCCGCCCACCCAGAGAGAGUCACGCUCCAGCACCGAUAUAUUCCUCCAGGGCUAAAGCCAGACGCCCGGCCGCCCACCUGCCGAGCGCGGCUCCCCCCGGACGCUCCUUGGCCCACCCGCGCGCGGCCUGGUCGCCUCCGACUCAGCCGUUAGCAGACGACCGCUAGGACCGCGCGGCAGCCUGCCGUCGGGCGCCCGGCGGGAAAGGCGGACCUGGCCGCGGCCGGAAGUUACGCACCGGAGGCGGUCCCUUCCGACCGGAACCCAGACCCAGGGCGAUGUGGUGGCGGGGCCGCGCGGCGGGACGCCCGGUGAGCGGGGCGGGGCGGCCGUUGCUCCGCGGCGCCGCUCCUCUCCUCCUCCGGCCGCGGGGACUCGGAGCGCCGGACGGGCCCGCGUGGCUCCCCCCUGCCUGGGCGGCGCUGCACCGGUCGGCGCGGCUGCGCGGGCUGAGCGCGGAGGAGGUGCGCAGAGCCCGGGAGGCCCGGCCGCGGAAGAGCGCGGGAGCGGCCAAGGCCAGGCCCCAGCUGAACGAGCGCGCCCGGGAGCGGAAGGUGCCUGUCACGCGCGUCGGGCGGCUGGCCGCCGUCGGAGGGCUGGCCGUGGGGCUGGGCUUCGGGGCUUUGGUUGAAGCUGUGAGGAAUUCCCUCCGUGGGGACCGAAGCACCACCGAGAGCAGCGUUUCAGAAGCCAACGCAGAGCGGAUUGUCCACACACUCUGCAAGAUGCGAGGGGCAGCUCUCAAGAUCGGCCAGAUGUUAAGCAUCCAAGACAACUACUUCCUCAGCCCCCAGUUGCAGCAGGUCUUUGAGCGUGUCCGGCAGAGUGCAGAUUUCAUGCCACCCUCACAGAUGAUGGGGGUGCUGUCCGAAGAACUGGGCACCGACUGGCGUGAGCGGGUGGCCUCCUUCGACGAAUUGCCUUUUGCUGCUGCCUCUGUGGGGCAGGUGCACCUGGGAGUGCUGAAGGAUGGGAUGGAGGUGGCAAUGAAGAUCCAGUACCCUGGAAUUGCCCAGAGCAUUCGGAGCGACGUGGACAACCUCCUGUCGGUACUCAGGAUGAGCACGAUGUUCCCGGCAGGCCUGUUUGCAGACAACACCCUGCAGGUCCUGCAGAAGGAGCUGGAGAAAGAGUGCGACUACGAGCUGGAAGCCGGCAGCACCAAGAGGUUCAAGCAGCUUCUGGAAGGCGACCCUUUCUUUGAGGUGCCGGAGGUGGUGGACGAGCUGUCCACCAAGCGAGUGCUGUCUAUGGAGCUGGUGGGGGGAAUCCCGCUGGACCAGUGCCAGGAAUUGAACCAGGAGGCUCGCAAUGAGAUCUGCUCACAGAUCCUCCGUCUUUGCCUCCGGGAGCUCUUCGAAUUCCGGUUCAUGCAGACAGACCCAAACUGGGCAAACUUCUUCUAUGACACGGAGAGACAUAAGGUCACCCUGCUGGACUUCGGAGCUAGCCGAGAUUUUCGCAAGGAGUUUACUGACCACUACAUUGAGGUGGUGAGAGCUGCUGCCGAUGGCGACAGAGAGAAAGUCCUUCGGAAAUCAAAGGACCUGGGAUUCCUGACUGGAUUUGAAAGCCAGGUCUUUGAGGAGGCCCACGUGGAUGCGGUGAUGCUCCUGGGCACAGUCUUCUCAGGCCCGGGGCCCUUUGACUUCAGCGCUCAGGACACAACCCGCUGCAUCCAGGACCUGAUUCCCUUGAUGAUGAAGCACCGCCUGUGCCCACCCCCAGAAGAGAGCUACUCCCUACACCGCAAGAUGGCUGGUGCCUUCCUCCUCUGUGCCCAUCUCGCUGCCGUCGUGCCCUGCCGGGAGAUGUUCGAAGAGGCCUACAGCCAGUACACAGGCCGCGAACAUGCCGCCCAUUUGGCAGAGGAGCAGGGGGAGACCCCUUCUAGGCUGGGGUGAGGGUCUCUGCCCACUUCCACUUGGUCAUGGCUGCCUUGGCACUCAGGUAGCCCACUGCAUCUGUACGGCCUUCAGAGAGAUCAGUUCCCUGUAAGUGAAGAGAAGAGGGUCAUUCUCCCGUCCCCUCCCUGGGCCAGGAACCAGCCUUCCUCCUCCAGGGAAUCCUACUGCUUAGACUGCAGGGGCCGAGAGCAAAGCCUGCCUUCUCUCUGCUGCCUUUCUGUGGGAAGCAUAGGGGGCUGUGGGGCUGUUGGUUGCCCCACAAGGAAAAGGCAACUGACUCCUGGGCUGCAAAGGGAAGAGAAAGUGGCUGGACCUUUUGUGACUCAGGCUGCACUCGGCUGUCAGUUGCUUGUCCGGGUGUCCAUUACGCAGCUCUGGAUAAACAACUGCCCUCUAGAUGGAUUGGGAUAUCACUCCCAUCAUCCCUAGCCAGUAUGGACCACUUUCUGGAGGAACUCUGCAGGAAAGCAGAGCAGGGUGUCCAGGCUCCCCUGCCAGAAGUGCUGAUGGUUCCUUUGCAGGAGCAUCAGGGACUAGCUGACCAGGCCCCCAACUCGCAAUGGGGGGGGAGGGGAGGAGCCGCCUUGCCUUAGACGACAGCCCUUCCCCUUUCUGCCAGUUUAUCUCUCAACACCUUUUGUGGUGGCUACUUGACCUCUGGGUUUGUGGAAAGCUGGCCAGGAGCCAGAAUAAAGACAACUGACCAUCUUGGUGGCUGCAGUGGGGCUGGGUCACCCCAAGGCUCCUCCAUGGGGGGCCUAGCCUUUCUGCACCUUUCUCCUUUUUUGAGCCCUUGGUCCCGAGUAUCAUGAAGAGCAGAGAGAAGGGGGGAGAAAUCUCUGACACCCCUCCCCUCUUGGAGAGGGCAGCCCUGGCUGGGCUGAGAGGCAGGUCCAGAGUGACCCAGGGGAACGUGCCCACACGCCCAAGCUGAUGCUUGGAAGGCAGCUGCUCUCUAGGCCUGCACAGCCUUGGCUGCUUCCUGCCCCGGAGGGGAAGUAGGGGCUGAUGGUUGAUUGGGGAGGGCCCACGCCUCCUCUUGGCCUCCCUGCUCUGAAGUUUGGUGAGCAACUGUCGCCUGGCAGGGAGGCCCACAGCAAUCAUCCACUUCCCUCCAUGUCUUCCCCCACCCAGUCAGCACCAGGCUCCCAGCAUGGAAAGCAGGCCCUCUGGCAUCACCUGGGGUGCUUUGGCCACUGUUUGUGUGUCUAGCACUUGGAGGCAGGGGGAGGGGGGGCUCUCGGAAGCAAGCUUGGCGCCUUGAGAGAGGAGUGGGGCUUCUCCAGGAGCUCCUGGCGGCUGCUGCCGGGGCUCAGUCCUUUUCAGUUCAAGUAGCCAGGUGGCAUUUGCCCACUGGGGCCCCCUGCAUCGUGAAGUCAGCCCAUGGGGAGCCUCAGUUUGGACCAGUAAGCUUUGCUGCCUCCGUUUCUGCUGGGCCAGGAGCCAAUGGCUGCUCUUGCAAAGAGGAAAUUGAUGCAUGGUUUGGCUCUUGCAUGAGAAAUGGAUCUUGCUGUCAGUGUCCAUGUUCAUUUGCCAAGUUUUGUAACCUUUAAAAGCCCAUUUUAGAACUCUAUAAAUAUAGAAUUCAACCCGGUUCCUCCUCCAUGUCAAUUCAGCAUAAAUCAAUUAUUUGUUCCUGGAGAAAAA